AACUCGCAAAAAGUGAAACAGAUCAAGAAGCUGCUAAACUUGAGUUGGCACAUUUUUAUGCAAAUAGUAAAGGUGUUACUAAAAAUAAGGAUAAAGCCUUACAACUCUAUUUAAAACUCUCAAAAAGCAAAAUGUAUCAACUUGAUGCUUGUGAAUGGCUAGCAAAUUAUUAUAAAGAUAAAGAUGAUAAAAA